AUGUUAAGUCGUUAUUAUCCUACUAGCAAUGAUGAUGACGAGGAUUUAGAAGAAUGCACAGAGGGACUAGAAUCCGAUCCACCCGUCUUUACAGCAAUUUUCGCAACGAUUGCAUGGAUUUUACUUGCCGCCGCUGUGUUUUGCAUCUGGGAGGAUUGGACCUACUUUACCAGCAUUUAUUUUUUUUUCAUAUCAAGUAGCACUAUAGGUGAGGCCACACCAACAGAAAGUCUUGGCGACAUAACACCGGCACAUCCGGAGUAUAUGAUGGGAACCUUUGGAGUGGUUAUCGUCGGCCUCUCAAUGGUUUCGGUUUGCAUUGACGUUGUAAGAGAAAAGCUGGAGCUUAUGUAUAUGGCAUUGUUAAAGAAAAUGUUGCAGGACUACAUAGAAGCAGUCAAGAACGGCGAUCCUGAUGCAGAAAAGGGGAUGAUGGCUGGUUUUAAAGGAAGGGCCAAAUUUCUCCUACCCUUGAUAAGCAAAGAACGAGGAGCGAAGGUAAUGACACGUUUCAAAGAAGACUGCUCUGCAAAAGGCAUCGAUCCUCCCGCUGUAUUGACACAUUUGGAUCCCGAAACUGGAAUGCCUGCUUUCGCUAGCGCCAACAAAGAAGAGUUUAGUGAUUACAUCGAGCAGGCCGCUGAAAAAAAAGCUGACGAAGAAAAGAAAGAAAUGGCAAGACUUUCCCAACUCCUCGAACAAGCUGCGGUAAUUCCUUCAACAGCCACUUUUUGCAUCUAA